AUGAAGAAAAUAUCGUUGUGCGUGUUUAUCGUCAGUCUCUGUGUUAUCUUGCACGUCAACGAGGCUGGCUUUUUGAAAAAAAUUUCCAAACCCUUCGAAAGAAUUGGCAAGGAAAUUAGACGAGAAGUCAAAGAUGUUGGAAAGGCUAUUGAGCACGUUGGCAAGGCAGUAGGCAAAGUUGGAGAGAAGGUAUUGAAGCCUGUUCUUAAACCCAUCGGUAGAGUGGUUUCACGAUCGUUGAAAGUUGUUGUCCGUCCUGUUGUCAAGUUGAUCCAGAAAAGAAGAAAAGAAGAGGUGAUCGAAGUUGUUGAAACCGUUGAUGACACUACUGGCAUUCAGGCUACCACUGAAACAUUCGAAGUUGGAAUGAUUCGUCUGCACAACGAACUUCGAUCAAUAGAAGGAGUAACUGGAACAGUUGCUUGGGACGCACGUCUGGCCCAGAUGUCAGCGGAGUGGAUAACUCAGUGCAGCCUGAAGUACCCGGUGUAUGGCGACAGCAGAGAUUCCUACGGUCAGAAUGCCUUCAUGACGACCAGCGCCACAGCAGAGCCCAUUGACGCCAUCAACACCUGGUACUCCUACAAAUCCAACUUCAAUCCCGCCACUGGAGACUGUCUUGACGGUCAAGUCUGCGAUCCUUAUCUUCAGGCCGUAAUGCCAGAGAGUCAGUACGUGGGUUGUGCCACAGGGACGUGUCCCUCGUUCAGUGGGGGCCCAGGGGGCUCCACCAUCUUCUGCAUGUACGCACCACUCUGA